CCGCUGGAGGCGCUGUGUGAGCUCCCGAUCGGUGAGGAAGUGGCGGGUCCCGGGGCGGAGGAAGAGCAGGGGGAAGAGGCCGGGAACAGGCAGCGGUUACCAUUGAAGCGCACGGCCCGCACUGCGCGCUGUCCGCUCGGGAAACUCCGAAGCCGUGUCCUCGGGAAACGCGGGGCCUGAGGCCGAGGGGCCGGAAACGCCAUAACCGUCUGACUUCCGGUUCCGGGUGAAGGGUCAGCGGCAACAUGGCGGAUCCGCGGCGGCCGAACAAGGUUCUGAGGUACAAACCACCAGCUAGUGAUAAUAAUCCAACCUUGGAGGAUCCAACUCCUGAUUAUAUGAACCUACUGGGGAUGAUCUUCAGCAUGUGUGGGCUGAUGUUAAAGUUGAAAUGGUGUGCCUGGAUUGCUGUUUACUGCUCCUUUAUCAGCUUUGCAAACUCCCGCAGUUCUGAAGACACAAAACAAAUGAUGAGUAGCUUCAUGUUGUCAAUUUCAGCAGUGGUGAUGUCAUACCUGCAAAACCCACAGCCCAUGUCACCACCAUGGUAACAGCCCAGGCCACAUCCAUAUCACCAUGGUAAUGGCCCAGGCUAUGCCCUAUAUCACCAUGGUAAUAAUCCAGCACCACCCCCCUUAACACCAUAGUAAUGACCAAAGCUGCUCCUCCUGUAUCACCAUGUCAAUGAUUUAGGCCUCAUGCCUAGCCUGACUGUGAUAAUGGCCCAGACCUGUAUUCAGUUCCCUGUUAUUGCCAUGGUAUCAGCUCAAGAACUUCCCCAUCUUAUAUUACCAUGGUAAUGGGGUGGUCCAUCCCUCCCAGAAAUGGCUGGCACCAUAACUGAUCCAUGCAGUCCCCUCCCACCACCACCCCUUUUACAUGAACCUCUUUGUCCCUCAGUAACCUCGCCCCCGAGUACCCAACGACAAUCUCAGAACUCGUGCUUUGCCCUUCCUGGACAUUACAAUGUAUGAAGAUCAGGGGAAAGCUGUCAAUGGUGAAGAAAUAACUUAAAUUUCAGAAUAAAAAAAGUAAUUUAUCAGCUAUGCAAUUUAUUUUCCUCUUUUAAUUGUGAAUAUUGAUUGAAGCAUGUGGAGAAGUUCUAGUCAGGCCUCUGAGACCAGUCUGUGUAAAGUUUGCCAAUCUGGGUCUGGCCACAACAAUUGAAAAGUGAUUCACUAUUUUCAACCAGGAUCCCAGCACCACACCCGACCCAGUGCCUGGUUGUCCCUUAACAUGUCACUUUUAUCCAACUUUGCAAGAACUCUCAUGACAACUUGAUUUAACAAGCAACUCAUAACCGAAACAGCACACCAAUCUGAAGUACCAGCAGGAGCAAGUUGUCCAAUUCAUUUUGCAAUCCUAAUUCAUCUGAGUAACUGUUCACCAGGUCUGUUUCCUAAAAGCCGUUUGGCUAAUGAAUAACACUUUACACAAGAACUGCGUGUUAGAUUCUUAUUCUCAUUGCUGCACUGUUUAAAGAUUCUUGCUUCUAGUGAGUGUCUCUUUUUGCAGCAAAUAAGGUGUAUAAGAUCUCACCGAAUAAAGAAAAUAAAUAUU